AUGGGGACCUUCGACCUGUGGACAGAUUACCUGGGUUUGGCACGUCUGGUGGGGGCUCUGCGUGGGGAGGAAGAGCCUGAGACCAGGCUGGAACCCCAGCCAGAACCAGUGCCAGGACCAGGGGAUCGGAGGGCCAGCCCGCAACCCUCACCAGCUCCGGAACGCCUGUGCUCUUUCUGCAAACACAACGGCGAGUCCCGGGCCAUCUACCAGUCCCACGUGCUCAAGGACGAGGCCGGCCGGGUGCUGUGCCCCAUCCUCCGAGACUACGUGUGCCCCCAGUGCGGUGCCACUAGAGAUCGAGCCCACACCCGCCGCUUCUGCCCACUCACCGGCCAAGGCUACACCUCUGUCUACAGCUACACCACCCGCAACUCUGCAGGCAAGAAGUUGGCCCGGUCCGACAAGGCGAGGACACAGGACUCCAGUCACCGUAGAGGAGGAGCCGGUGCAGGUUCCAAAGGUGCCAGGAAGUCGUCUGGACCUUCGCCCUCUUCCUGCUGCCCCUCCAAUUCUGUCUAG